AUGAUAAAAAAAGAAAUGGUAUGGGAAAUGGAAUUAGAUGAAACAAUUUUAGAAGAUUUAUACACAUGGAUUGAUAGUUUGCCGCUAUCACGAUUAAAAAAACGAAUUGAAAGAGAUUUUUCUGAUGGAGUCCUCGUCGCCGAAGUUAUCCGUUACUAUUUGCCUGAUUUAGUUGAAAUGCACAAUUAUACACCAGCUAAUAGUAUCCAACAGAAAAAAGCUAAUUGGGGUACAUUAAAUAAACGUGUGCUGAGUCAUUUUGGUUUAGACAUUCCAGAGACCAUAAUACAAGGUCUUUGUAAUGGAAAACCGGGUCUCGUCGAAGUUCUACUGUACAAUUUGAGGCUAAAAAUUGACGAAGAACUAGAUUUACAACAAAAAUUUCAACAUUCUCCCAGACAAGGUGGACACUCACAAAUGUCAUAUGAAAGUGGACGAACAACAAAAGCGACUACAACUCUGCAUUCAAUGACAUCACGUGGCGGACGACUCACGAAAGGUGAUAUGAAGAGGGGCGUCCCACGACUGGAGUUCGAAGAAAUUAGACAACAAAAUUUACAACAACAAGAAGAAAUUGAAGUGUUACAUGCAAAAAUACGUCGAUUAGAGCAUGUUUUACAAUUGAAAGACAUUCGAAUUAAUGAAUUGUCAAAAACCGUUGAGGAUGUGAGACCCACAAGACCAACAGCAAUAAAAAAAUCUUAA